CCAAAGGUAUGCACCUGGCAGAAAUUCGAUCUUUUCAAGAGUUCUUUGGUGUGGUAUAUUACCCAACUCUUCGCCUUCGAGAUACAGUUGCGCAAGCAGCUCAAGUAUUAAGGCAAAAAUGGGAACUUAAAGCCAAGAAAUCCAAGUUAGUGGUUCCUCCUGGUGAGGAAGGUCUAUCUUUUGUUAUUCGAAAAACUGGCUUUAGGUUCCCGUCUUUGCCUACGAGUAAGUUUGCAUUGGCUUUUCCACCGGUCUUGCCUAAAUGGGUUGACCAUAUAAACAUAAAUGUAUUGGCCAAUCAAGCUCUACCUCCUCGAAAGCGAGUGACUUGGACUAAGUACCACCUAUGGAACUUUCCGUAUCAUGUGCCCGUCGAAAUCUUCAACCACAUAUCGCUGAACAUGCGUAUUGGUCAAGCUCUUCAAGUUAUUUCCCCAGUGGCUCAUUCCUCCAAGGACCAGCCGGUCGUGAUUGAGGAUGAUGAUGAUGAUGAUGAUGAGGAUGAUGAUGUCAGUCUUGCUGACAAGCUCAAGAGCCGGAAACGGGGGUUGGUGUUUCCACCCCUAGUGGGGCUUCUAAGUUGGCAUCUGAUGCUCAAACAGAAGUCGCUGACAAAGAGGGUGGUGGCGGCGCCGCCAUUCAGACUGAUGUUCAUGAGCACUCUACCUCCAAUCCUCCAUCCCGUGAGAAUUCUCCAGUUCCCAUUCCUGCAAAAUCCAAAACUGAAGGUGUCGAGAAACCUCCCAAGGCCGCAUCCUCAGCUAAGAAGACCUCCACAUCUGAGGGAAGGAGGAAGGUCAGGAGCAAAUCUCGUAAUAAGUCUCCUCGCCGUUCCAGAAGCUCCACCAACUCGAGCCCUUCCAAAGACUCUGCUUGCUAGGAGACUCAGGGUACAACUUCUCCCAUCCGCGAAACAGAGCCCCUUCCAGGCAAGGAUGACAGCCCUAUGCCUCCUCCAAAAUCGACUGCCACUGUGCAACAUUCGCCUCCUAACAAGGGUGGCUCUUCAUCUCAUGUGUCUAGUGAAAAGCUCGACACUUUAUUUGAGGAGGACCCGCUGGCAGCUUUAGAUAGCUUCCUCGAUGGCACCUUGGAAUGGGACUCUCCACCCCGUCAAGCUGAUGCUACUGCUGAGACUGCUCAAUCAAGUGGGGUAGCCAAUUCUCAGCAGAUCGAGGAGAGUAUGGGUCGGCUGAAGGCUAUUGUCUUCGCCAAUGGGUUUCUCGACCAGAUCCAAGCUGAUCCUCAAGCAAGCCAUGCUGCUAAGGAAUUGCUUGUCUUUCUUCUUGGCCAAAAACUCGAUUCUCAACAGGCUGCUGCUUUGGCUAACCUUCAAUCUUUUUUAGUGGAUGCUUCAGCCGCCUUUCAUCAAAUCAAGGACGUUGGUCAAGCUUUUAGCUUUAAGGAAGCAAAAGUCUCUGCUGGUAAAGCUGAAGUUGCAGCAAUGAAAGAGGACUUCAAGAAGUUCACUGCUAGGAAGGUUUUGAUCGCAGAUGAAAUCUCUGAAGUCGACAUCAAACUUGAAGAGCUGCAUCGAGAGAUUACCAAACUGGAGAAAAAGCGAGCUGAUUUGGUCGAGGAAGGCCCUGCUGUGAAGGAUCAAUUGGACGUGCUUACUAAAGACUCCAAGGCUCUGAUCAUCUCGACAAAAGAGGUUAUCAAGGAAUUGGAGAUUGAUCAGGCUGUGAAGAAGGGUCUCGAUGCCAAGAUUGCCACCUUUGCUGAUUGUUUGAACUCUUUUAAGACCCUGCUGUAGGACUUUUUUUCUUUAUUAAUAUGUAAUGAUGGCACAAUUCUAACCAUGGCUUUCGAUGCCAAUUGCGUGUAAUAUUUCGACAAUGGUUUUGGCACCUAAGCCAUAUAAUUUGACGUUUAAUUUGCCAAGUCUUUUCAGUUUCCACUACGCAUUUAUUUUGACGGCUAUUCAUUUAUUGUUGCAUCGCUCAAACUUCCUUGCACCCCCUCACACAGUCGUCGCUUUGUUUUUGGGGAAUGAACCAAUUUAUUGCAAUCUUAUACCACGUUUUCUUGAUUCAAUGCAAGUCUUUGUUCAUUAAAAGCCAAAGCUAUUCACGAUGGUGGUGGUAAUCUGCAUGGCAUAUAACCGUAAGAUGAAGAGUUGGCAACUGAUUGCCACUAAUUAAUGCAUUCCUUGGUUGUUACCCUAUAAAUGGAGCGUUUUUGGUUACUCCUUUACAGUAACUUCUCCAAACUCUCCCUUGUUUCUUUUCCAGAAUUCUUUUCUUGCUUUCAUAACUCCCUUCAGCCAUGGCUAGCCGUCGUGUUCUUAACCAGAUCCGGAACUUGGCUUUUGAUCAAGACUUAUUCUGGGAGUUGCACUCUUUCCUCCCUUUGGCUGAAGAGCUUACGGGGCUCAUUAACCAACUUCUUUCGAGGAAUAUUAUUGCCUCGGUAAGAAUUCCUCUUCAGGAGUUCUUGGGCCUCCUGCACGAAGCUGUACCUCUAUAUGAAGAACACCGGGAGCUUACUGCUCGAGUGUUCUUUGCUGAACACCAGAUUGAUGAGAAGAUGGAGGAGUAUGAAGAGUUGAAGGCUG